CCACCGUAGCAGUCAUGGAGCCGCUCCGCCGCUGCUGCCUCCUCCUCCUCAACCUGGGUGCGCUGCUGGUACUGCUGCCGCCGGAGCCCUCGAACACCAGCUCAGUAACUGUGCCAGAAACUCUGUUGUUUGUUUCAACCCUGGAUGGAAGUUUGCAUGCUGUCAGCAAGAGGACGGGAGCAAUCAAGUGGACUUUAAAAGAAGAUCCUGUGCUCCAGGUGCCCAUACAUGUGGAAGAGCCAGCAUUUCUUCCAGACCCAAACGAUGGCAGUUUGUACACACUUGGUGGCAAGAACAGCGAGGGCUUGACGAAACUUCCAUUUACUAUCCCAGAGCUGGUGCAGGCAUCUCCCUGUCGCAGUUCAGAUGGGAUCCUGUACAUGGGUAAAAAGCAGGACAUUUGGUAUGUGGUUGACCUCAUGACUGGGGAGAAACAGCAAACCCUGACUUCCUCAUUUGCAGAAAGUCUUUGCCCAUCGACAUCUCUCCUGUACCUUGGCAGAACAGAGUACACGAUCACCAUGUAUGACACCAAGAAGAAGGAACUGCGGUGGAAUGCUACUUAUUUUGACUAUGCAGCAACUCUGCCUGAUGAAGACAUAAAAUACAAAAUGUCCCACUUCGUGUCCAAUGGAGAUGGGCUGGUGGUGACUGUGGACAGUGAGUCUGGGGACGUGCUGUGGAUUCAGAACUACGCUUCUCCAGUGGUGGCUUUUUACAUCUGGCAGCGCGAAGGGCUGCGGAAGAUUAUGCACACUAACGUGGGCAUAGAGACCCUGAGAUACCUAACCUUCAUGUCUGGGGAGGUUGGACACAUCACCAAGUGGAAAUACCCUUUCCCAAAGGAAACAGAGACCAAGAGCAAACUGACACCAACUCUGUAUGUAGGGAAAUACUCCACAAGUCUGUAUGCAUCACCAUCAAUGGUGCACGAAGGAGUAACUGUUGUGCCCCGUGGCAGUGCCAUUCCCUUACUAGAGGGACCAAAAACAGAGGGAGUCACAAUUGAAGAUAACGGCGAGUGCGUUAUCACCCCCAGCACAGACGUGAAGUUCUCAGGCAGGCUGAAAGAGAAGAGCAAACUCAACUACUGGAACGACUGGCUCCUCAUAGGGCAUCACGAAACACCAUUAUCUGCCCCUACCAAGAUCCUGGAGAAAUUCCCAAGCAACUUACCUAAGAAGCAUGAAAAUGUGAUUCCAGCUGACUCUGAUAAGGCCACUAUUGAAAAGGUUAUUGACAUCGUUGAAGGUUCCUCAACAGAAGUGCCUGCUGCUGUUCCAAAGGACAUUGAGGAGAAACCUGCUCGGCCUGUCCCUCGGCCAGAGGCUCCUGUGGACUCCAUUUUGAAAGACAUGGCCACAAUCAUUCUCAGCACCUUCCUGCUGGUGGGCUGGCUGGCUUUUAUCAUCACUUACCCAAUGAACUGGGGUCCUUUCUCACAGAGUGUGCUUCAGCAGCAACAGAGGCAGCACCAGCUGGAAGAGAAGAUACAACUCCUGCAGCAGAAGAAGAUGCCCUUCCAUGCUCCCAGUGACCUGCCCCUGGAGGCAGACUUCCUGGACACCUCCUGUGGCCGGACAGAGAGCUCAACUGCCAGCACACCAAACAUGUCCCCCAGGGCAUCAAACCAUUCUGCCUACUCCAGCAUCUCUGCAUCUGAUGCUGGGAGCUGCCUCUCCACUGAGCAAGAAGAGGGAGAUGAAGAUGCACACAGAGUGAUGGUCGGCAAGAUUUCCUUUAACCCAAAAGAGGUCCUGGGACACGGAGCUGAGGGGACAAUUGUUUACAGGGGCACAUUUGAUAACCGUGAUGUUGCAGUGAAAAGAAUUCUUCCUGAGUGCUUCAGCUUUGCAGACCGGGAAGUGCAGCUGCUGCGUGAGUCGGAUGAGCACCCCAACGUGAUCCGCUACUUCUGCACGGAGAAGGACCGGCAGUUCCAGUACAUAGCCAUCGAGCUCUGCGCUGCCACUCUGCAGGAGUAUGUGGAGCAGAAGGCCUUCAGUCACCAUGGCCUACAACCCAUCACACUCCUGCAACAGACAACAUCUGGCCUGGCCUACCUGCACUCCCUUAGCAUUGUCCACAGGGACCUGAAGCCCCAUAACAUCCUCAUCUCCAUGCCCAACGCCCAUGGCAAAGUCAAAGCAAUGAUCUCAGACUUCGGCCUGUGCAAGAAGCUGGCAGUGGGCAGGCACAGCUUCAGCCGUCGCUCGGGGGUGCCAGGCACCGAAGGCUGGAUUGCCCCAGAGAUGCUGAGUGAAGACUGCAAAGAGAACCCCACAUACACUGUGGACAUCUUUUCUGCUGGCUGUGUCUUUUACUAUGUCGUGUCUGAGGGCAGCCACCCCUUCGGCAAGUCCCUGCAGCGCCAGGCCAACAUCCUGCUGGGCGCCUACAGCCUGGAGUCUCUGAGCGCAGGGAGGCAUGAAGACAUAGUUGCUCGUGAUUUAAUAGAGCAGAUGAUAAACAUGGACCCUCAGAAACGGCCCUCUGCCAGCUGUGUGCUAAAACAUCCAUUCUUUUGGAGUUUAGAGAAACAGCUCCAGUUUUUUCAGGAUGUCAGUGACCGGAUAGAGAAAGAAUCUUUAGAUGGUCCAAUCGUCAAGCAAUUAGAAAGAGGUGGAAGAGAGGUGGUGAAGAUGGACUGGAGAGAGCACAUCACAGUUCCUCUUCAGACAGACCUUCGCAAAUUCCGAUCGUAUAAAGGAGGCUCUGUGCGGGAUCUGCUGAGGGCAAUGAGAAACAAGAAGCACCACUACAGAGAACUGCCUCCAGAGGUGCAGGAGACUCUGGGCUCCAUCCCAGAUGAUUUUGUACGUUACUUCACAGCUCGUUUCCCUCACCUGCUCCUACACACCUACAAGGCAAUGCAUAUCUGCUGCCAGGAAAGACUGUUUCAGCAUUACUAUCAUCAGGACUCUGCAGAGCUGAGCCUUGCAGGAGACACUGUUUAAAAGCAGAGGGAUGGAGCUUUCUUCUCUGGGACCAACAUUCCAAGCACUGGGCUGUGAAACACCUACCUUUAGCAGGGAAAAAUGGGAUCAAAGAGCUGAAUUCUCUUUGAAGAAACCAAGCUUCCAUGAAGUGCCUUGUACCUCUGCCUGCACUGGAUCAGGAGAUGGGAGGAGCCCAAGGGGCAAAGGGUGAUUUCAGCAGAGCAAUGAACGCUGGUGCUGGACUUAUUCUAAGGCAGGUUUCAAGACAGUGAAAAUGGAGAGCAAAAGCUGGAUCUAAUGGUCACACGCCAUCCCUGUACUGUACAGGAUUCCAUAACUAAUAUGUUUUACUGCAAAGAAUCAAGAUAACAGUGAUUAAAAUCAUCCAAUUACUAGGGGCUGGGAUCUGCAAAAGGAGCCUUUAGUUGUAGCAAAUCAUCAGAGCCUGCCAUUGCACUGCUGCCACAUUACAUGCUGGGUGCACCACGGUGAUUGUAACAGAACUGUUUGUGAUUACUGAAAACAAGAGGGAAAAGAGCACAAUUUCUGUUCUGUCAGUCCUGCCCCUUACACCUGAGCAGAUACAAUUAAGUUCUAAAAACACUGACCUGAAAAAUCAGUGAAAGGUUCACUGACUGUGCCACUGAGCCUCAUGGGCUCAGUAUCAGCCCAGGAGCAUUCACAGUAUUCACAGCAGAGGCUGGGCAGGCCCUGACAGCAAUCAGUGUCAGCACAGCCCUACACAGGUACCUGCAGGAAAACAGCAGCCUCACCUGUGUGCUGCUUCUGAGGGGCUAAGCCAUGAUCUGCUGUAAGGGCUCCUCACUGCCUUACAAAGAAGCGUUACCAGCUGCAGAGCCGUAGGAGAAAGGAGUUGAACAGGAAGGAGUGAAAUGCACAGAAGAGUGAAAUCAGAGGCCACCUUUGCAGCAGGUGUGACAAAACUAUAGCGGAACCCCCUGGGCUGGCUGUGUGGCUGCUGGGCACAGCCAUGUGAGCCUGUAUCUGAAGAUGCAGUAUUUCCUUUCACUGUCCCUAAAGCUGUGACAAAGCAUUAAGUGUGUGUGGAGGAUGAAGAAAUGCUGAAUCCUAGGGCAAGUGGGGUGUUCUUUUACAACAUAUUUAUUUAACCUAUUUAUAUUUAUUUAAUUGUUACUACAAAGUAGUAUCAAAUCCAAGUGGUCCCAAGGUAAAGCACCACCACAGCAUCCUUGAGCAGGGUUGUGUUCAUUGUUAAUGGUAUUAGAGUGACAGGCAGAGCAAAGCGAUACUGCAUCUUUCAACAGAAAUCAUGGAAGGAGUUUGUGUGAUUGUGCCAUUGUGUCUUAAACCAAUAAACUAUUGGCAGGAAGGUGGAGGAUUUGGGACAUUUGGCUACCUUUCUGGAGCUAAUUUCUAGGAAGUUUUUUUCCUAGUUUUACAAUGUAUGAGAGCAAUUCACCUAAGAUGCCAAACGUGCAAGUUACCUGGUUUUGAAGCUUG